AUGGACCCAGCGAAGGCCGCGAAGCUGUUCUCGCCCGAAUUCCUAGCUGAAGACCAGAGUGAGAGGCUGAUACAUGUGGUGAUCAUCUUCGCUAUUUUAGAGGUGUUAUUUGUUUCGCUAUUCCUCUUUUCGCGAUAUAAGUUCGGGACGCUCAAAGGCUUCGAUGUUUAUCUGAUGGUGCCCGCAUUUAUUGCGAGUUAUGCGCAUUUAGCUCUAUGCAUUGUCUUUGUUAAAAAAGGUGGUCUGGGAAAGCACACAGUAUCAUUAUCACCCGAGCGAUUAAAAUAUUUCCUUAAACUGGAACUUACGCUUGCGUUGUUAAAUCCGCCCGCCAUCACGUUGCCAAAGCUAGCCAUAUUGUGCUUGUAUCUUCGAGUGUUUUCGACAAAGAUAUACCGCUAUGGCGCUUUCUUUAUUGGGGCCAUGCUGAUUGUAGCUUGGAUUGUAUCCUUCAUCUUGCAAAUGGCCAUGUGCUCUCCGUUCGAGAAGCUAUGGGAUAAGUCGCUACCCGGAAAGUGCUUGAACGAAUUCCAAAUCUUCAUUUGGUUUGGAAUACCGCAUAUAGUCACGGACGUGGCAAUUAUUAUUCUUCCUCUUCCACUCAUCUGGCGCCUGCAAACGACGACAAAUCAGAAGAUCGGGCUCACCCUGACGUUUUUGACCGGUAGCGUUGGUAUCAUUACAUCUAUUAUACGUUUUGCGGUCUUCUUGAAGCUUGCCGAUCCCGAGUUGGAUCUCAGCUGGACCGGUCUCGACGUAGUAAUGUGGACCACGAUAGAGCCCGGCGUGUAUCUCAUCGCCGCCUGUUUGCCUUCGCUCCGACCACUCCUCAACCCCUUCUUCAGGGACCUUGGAGAAUUUGACUUCCGCGGCAUUCGCGGACGCUUCCGCAACAACAAGGUGGAAGAUGGGAACUUCAACGGAAAUUUCAACGGCAAUUUUAAAAACAUCCGACUUUCGGGUGUUAGCAUUGGGGAUAGGCAGGGGAAGAUUCUCGCCUCGUCGAACAGCCCUCGCUCAGGGUUUACGAGGCUAGAUAAAGCCUGGCCGAAGAAUUUCACGAACAACGGGAGCAAUAACGAUGCGCCAUUAACGACGUGUUUUCGAGAAUCCGUGACGGAGGACGAUGAGAGGUUAGACCACAACAAAACGCCGACGCACUCGGAACAUAACUUAAAUCCGAUUGAUUUUAGCACCGGGAUUGUAGUGCAAAAGGCAUUUACGAUAAGUACAGAGCCCGUGAGGCGGUAG